CAGGUCCUCACUGGUUCUGGUUAGUCGUUCGCUAACCCUCACUGCAGUUCUCUUCCGAGCUUCUCUUCCAUCCAUUUCGUGAAAAGUCGUUCGGAAAUGGUCGCUUUCGUUUACUUCUGCAACUUUAUUUUACCGUAUUCCGUUUAGAAUACGGUUUACAUUUCGUUUUCAUGUUUUAAUCUUCAUUUUCCAUUCUCGUAAACGUUUCCCUCAAAGUCAUGCCAGUGAAGUCGUUCGGACGUCGUUCCCAUACGACCAUUUUUUCUCUCUCCAAAUUGUGCGGUUGUAAUUCGUUUCUUAGAGUCGUUCCAACGCUAUCUUUCUUCCCCGAAAGUCGUAACUAAGUAUCAUUUCUUCUCCAGUUCGUGUAAUUGCGAUCCUGGUCGUUCGUCUGGUCGUUCGAUCGCGACGACCCUCCGAGCACGCAGCCGUAGUACAUGUUCGAAACACUCACCUUGACCCAAACUUAGGUUUCUCUUUCUCUUCGCCUUGCCAUCGUAACUCCCUGGCUGGCAAUUAAUAGCCUCAUAUAAAGUAAUCAUGAUAAUCAUAGAUUGAUUUAGUAUCCUCCUGAUCGCCGCCAUAAUCCGAUUAAAGGAAACCUACCCAAAUGCCUUCCAAGUGGAACGGCCUCCGAACGAUCUUGUCGCCCGACGGACUCGAUGCGACGAGACGAGGGACGACGAUGGCUUCGCUCGCCCUUCGUCUCUACCAGAAAACAGACCCCAAGGCCGACUUUGCCGUGUUACUGGAGAACAAGAAGACGAAGAACAGCCUCCUCUUCCAGGCAGGGACAGUAGCGACCUUAUCUCAACCAGAGACAGAUGCCAUCAGAGGCGACUAUUAUGGAAGGUUGCUGGAUGCAUAUGCCUGUCUUGGGGUGCUCCAAGUUUGCCCCCGAGAGAACACGCAGCUGUACCUGGUUGUGGUCACAAAAUGUGUCAAGGUGUGCAAUUUCCAAAGUUCGUCCGUCUACAAGAUACAGGAAAUUGACAUUCUCUCACUACAUGCCAUGAGACCACAGAACUACAAGUCACAGGUUGGAUGUAAAAAGUGGCGCGCACUAGUCGCCAGGACACGAAAAUACGAGAUGAUCGAGUGUGCGGUCCAAAAAUGGUCAAAUGCAUAUUCUUUUGUCUACACUUUCUAUACUUUUUAUUUGAGUAAUGAGGAUUGGGAAAGAACGGGAUUAAAGAUGGGAAUAAAUAUUAAGCGGCUGUGA